UGACUACUUUGUAAACAGCAGAACACACGUGGAAAAAGUCUUGCCAUACACAAUCGGGAAGAUGGCGGUGAAUGUGGUGGGAUUGGUGGUGCUCCUGUUGUUUUACCUGAUCAUUAUAAUCGUGGGAAUUGUGGCAGCCAGACUGAAGAAGAAGGCCACAGGGACGUCUAGAAUGGAGGAGGCCAUUGUAGCUGGGAGGGACAUUAAUGAAAUUGUAGGAAUAUUUACCAUGACAGCCACAACAGUUGGGGGAGGGUACAUUAAUGGAACAGCUGAGUCUAUUGCAUCAUCUGGCAUGGUGUGGACACUGGCUCCAUUUGGGAUCUUCCUGGGACUAAUCACAGGUGGGAUAGUAUUUGCUCGUCCAAUGCGAGACCAUCAAUACCUGACCAUGCUGGACCCCAUCCAGGAGAAAUCGGGGGAUGUGGUGGUGAUUCUGGUGUACCUCGCCACGCUGUGUGGGGAUGUGUUCUGGACCGCCUCUAUCCUUGUAGCUCUGGGUACAAGCCUGAGUGUGAUAGUGAACAUUCCCCUCAGUAUAGCCAUUCUGAGCUCCUCGGCAGCCACUGUUUGUUACACUAUGUUUGGUCAGAUGGUCUCUGUAGCCUACACAGACAUUGUUCAGCUCAUCUUCAUCAUCAUUGGCUUGGGGUUAAGCUUACCUUUUGUUUUGACCAAUGAAAAUGUAGGAAGCAUCACUGAUACUACAGACACUUGGAUUGGACAGUUUGAUGUUGGUAUGACCAGUCCUUGGAUUGAUUUAUUCAUUGCCAUGAUUUUUGGCACCAUUCCGUGGCAGGCCUACUUCCAGCGUGUCCUGUCUGUCCGCAGUGGUAGACAAGCUCAGAUUCUCUCUGUAGCUGGUGCCUUCAGUGCUGUUGUCCUAGCGAUUCCAUCUGUACUCAUAGGGGCAGUGGCAACCAGUGCAGAUUGGAACAACACUAGUCUAGGAGCCUCUCCCAUGAUGCUGAACCAAUCAAGCAUGACACUGCCAUAUGUUCUGCAUGAGUUCACACCAAGAUGGGUGGCUGUUCUAGGUUUGGGAGCUAUCUCAGCUGCUGUCAUGUCCUCCAUGGAUAGCUCUAUCCUGGGCUCUAGUUCUAUGUUUACUAACAACAUCUAUAAAAGAAUAAUCAGGAAAAAGGCCCAGGACACAGAGACACUGUGGGUACAGACAAUCGCCAUCUUCUGUGUAGGAUCUCUGGCUACACUGGUGUCUCUGUUUGUUCCCAUUGUGUACGGAUUAUUCGUCCUGGCAGCAGACAUUGUUUUUGUGAUUGUCCUACCUCAGCUGUUCUGUGCUGUUUUCAUUAAGUGGACCAAUGUCUAUGGCUCCAUUACAGGGUUCCUGAUAGGAACUAUUCUUAGAAUGGGAGCAGGGGAAGUCCUGUUAGACUGGCAGCCAUUUAUAGAGUACCCCUUCUACAGUGUGAACUCAGGACAACAGUUUCCAUUUAGAACAUUCGCCAUGAUUGUUUCAUUGAUUACUGUUGUAAUAGUGUCUUUGUUAGCAGAUCUUAGUAGAAAGUAUUUAUGUAAGAAAUCUCAGGAGAACAAGUACACAUUACAGGUGGGAGGGGAAGUUAACUCACAAACUCAACACAUAGGAGGGAGUUGUACCUCCAGUCACCCACUCAUAUCGUUACCCAGUUGAGUGUACUCCGCACCUGAGUGUUCUCAGUUGAUAAGAAUGGUUACCAGUAUUGUGGUAAAGAUACAGUAGUCUUGAUACGUCUGAGACUCUAUAAAAAAUUGGGAAACUCCGAAAGCCCAGCAUCCAGA